AUGCCUGACCCUGCGAGCCCCGCGCCGGAGCAGGUCGCCGCGCCCAAGCUCGACGAGGCGGCGAAUCCACAAAACUGGUCUCUAACACGCAAAAUCUACUGCAACCUGGUGUACUCGUUGAUUACGAUCGUGACAACGUAUGCGUCCGGCAUCUACUCGCCUGGAGUGAACCAGAUGCAAAAGGACCUGCCUGCACCGCACACCAUCGCGCAGCUCGGCACGAGUUUAUACAUGUUUGGCAUGGCCGCUGCGUCGCUGCUGUGGGGCCCACUGAGCCAGUCGCUUGGGCGGCGGCCCGUGUUUCUCAUGUCGCUCUUCGGGAGCACCAUGUUUAACCUGGGCGUGUGCCUCUCGCCCUCUAUACCGUCGCUGCUCGUCUGCCGUGCGCUGGCCGGGUGCUCGGCGUCGGCGACGUUUUGCAACGUCGCUGGGAGCAUUGUGGAUAUGACGACGGAGCGCAACCGCAUUCCCUUUAAUACCAUCUUUCGGCACGUUACGUUCUGCGGCCCGCCCCUUGCGGCACUGCUCGGUGCCGUGGCCGUGCACGACUCCGACUGGCGCUGGAAUCUGCGCUCGAUUCCGAUCCUGUUCUUUGCCACGCUCGUGCUGUACGCGCUGACGGUGCCAGAAACCUUUGCGCCUGCACUGCUGCAGAAACAGCAAGCGCGCAAGGAGGCGGCGCUGCGUCACGAAGACGCGUUGCACCGUGGCGAGCACCUGCUCCUGUCCAUCUUUCCCAGCAAAAAAACGGUGCAGCUCGUCGCAUCGCAGGUGAAGCAAUCCCUCUUUGUCCCGUGGAUCCUGCUGGUCGAAGAGCCCGUGCUGAUGAUUGUAUGCUUCUACACGGCGAUGUUAUAUGGUCUCUUGUACGGCUCGCUGCUCUUCUUCCCCGAAGUGUGGCAGGACAUUCGCGGACUGACCUCGGUGCAGGUCGGCUAUACCUACGGCGCGGUCCUGGCGGGCUUUACGGCCUCCGCCGCAUUGAUCGGCUGCACAAUCCAGACCAUCGAGUACCGCCGCGCCUACGACAAAGGCACCAACACACCCGAGCUCCGCAUCCGCUCCGGCGUCUGGGCGAUCCUCUUUGUGCCGAUCGGCCUCUUUAUCUUUGCAUGGACCACCCCAUUUGUACAUGUCCACUGGUCCGGUCCGUGCAUUGGCAUCUUCUUUUUUGCAUUUGGCAUGCUGUCUGUGUUUAACUCCUGGCUGGCCUACCUUACGGACACCUACAGCAACAACACGGCGGCGGUCAUUGGAAUCAACACCUUUUGCCGCUCGGCCGUAGCGGGCGCAUUUCCCUUGUUCACGAAGCAGAUGGUCGAGGCAAUGACCUUUCAAGGCGCGAUGAGCAUGUUUGGCGGCAUCUCGGUGCCACUUACGUGCAUUGGUAUGCUCUUUGGCGUCUAUGGUCACUACCUGCGAAGACACAGCAAACACGCUGUACACCGUUGA